GUGGGAGCGGAUGACAUGUGCCGCAGUGGGCAGGUGACGGAGCUGGGGGAGUGCUGUGACUUCUGCCCCGCAGGUCACGGGGUUGCCCGAGCCUGUGGGGUCAGCAACACCGAGUGUGAGGCGUGCAGUGAGGGCGUCUCAUUCUCCCCGAGUGAGGGGAUGUCUCCGUGUCGGCCGUGCACCCGGUGCCCGGAGCAGGAGUCUAUGCCGUGCACAGCACAGGCGGACACGGGGUGCCAGUGCCGGGAGGGUGCUUACCUACUGCCGGGGACUGGCUGUGUGCAGUGCAGCUCCUGCCCCCCUGGUUACGGUGUGACGGCACAGUGCCAGGCGGGCACCGACACCCAGUGCCAACGCUGCCCCAACGACACCUUCUCGGAGCGCGAGAGCCGGGAGCAAGCUUGUGUGCCGUGUUGGCACUGUGACGACCAGAGCUUCGUGCUCCGUGACUGCAGCACCGUCUCAAACACCGUGUGUCUCCCAAAAAACUCCAUGUUGCCACGGAGGCCGGGGGGCUCGGAGCUGCCGAUGGUGGGUGGUCACGUGCGCAGUAACGGCACCGGUAGCGGUAAUGGCACAGACGUGGAUUACAGCCACCAGAACGAGAGGAACAUCAUCGUUUACUGCUCCAUCCUGGCUGCCAUUGUGGUCGGUCUGCUGGUCUAUGUGGGCUUUAAAUGCUGGAGGACGUGUAAACAGAAACAGCAGCUCAGUAAAUCACGGGGGGAGCUGGGCCCCUCCCCUGAGACAGAGAAACUGCAGAACGACGGUGGUGACCCCCCCCUCGAGACCGGCAACCCCCGCGAGCAGCUCAGCAAGAGUGUGAGUGUGGAGCUGUACCGAGACCGUCCCCUGGCCCAGCGCCAGGCUGUGGAGGCGGCUCUGGGGGUGGCUGGGGGCUGGAGGUCACUGGCGGCUGUGCUGGGCUAUGAUGAGGAGCGUGUGGCCAUGUUUGGCCGUGGGGAGGACCCGGUGCACACACUGCUGACAGACUGGGCCUCGAGAAACACCAGCACCGUCCAGGCCCUCAACAAGGCUCUGCUCACCAUCAACCGGGGGGACGUGGCAGAGGGUCUGCGGGGGGACAGCAACCCACCCACUGCCAUCUGACUCUCGCUCUGUGUAAGGCUGUGACCUGCCUGUUCCUCAACCCCCCACCACCCACCCCCUCUUGCCCCCUCCCACACACCCCUACCCCUCUUGUCCUUCCCCUCCCACCCCCUCAGCCGUAUUGUAAACAGAUAUUUAAUGGUGAUUUCAGGGAGAGGGAAUCUGCGGAGUGUUUCGUGUGUGUCUCGCUCAGUUUCGCUCCCUGACUCUCUUUCUGAAUCUGUUUCACUUUCUCUCCGUCGGUCAGUCUCUCUGUGGUCCUCUCUGGUCUGCUGCGGGAACGACAGAUAUUGACUUGAUUGUGAGGGGGUAGACGCUGUAUGUGUAUGUGUGGUGGGGGAUGUGGUGGUGGGGGGCUGUGCGUCAGGUCAAUGCAGAGAGUUUUGUGUUGUGAGAGGAGUUAUGCGACAUGUUUUUAUAAUUGCCCACAAUUAUUCCAGUAUUUUAUAAGUGGAUUGUAUUCUCCUGGGCUGGGGUUGGGGGGUGGGGGGUGGGGGUAGGGGGUGGACUUGCUGUUUGUUAUCAAGCAUUUUGUAUGUAAAAAGUAUUUUCUGGUU